AUGACAUUGUUGAUUGCGGAAGUUUCCAAGCCCUCUAUUGCAGAUUUCCAGGUUUGCACAAACAAGUCUCUUCCAGUGAAGAAACAUGGGAUUGGGAAAGGUUUAAUGACCGUGUGGCGUGCUACAAAUCCUGAUGCUGGAGAUUUUCCUAGCAGUUUAAAUUUCAGCAGUGAAGGUGCUGAUGUAUGUUCCAGUUUGACUUUGUCAAAAUCCCAAGAACCAUCAAAUCCAGUGAAACGGUUACAGCAUCAACGGCUUAUUACGAAACGGAGAAGGUUGUUAUCAUGCAAUAAAAAGAUAUCCUCUGUAAAAAGAAGAAAGGUAGAACAUAAGAAGGAUGACAAAGAUGAAAAUAAAAAAAAGCCCCUUAAAGCGGAUUGCAAACUGGCACUAGUAGGGUUGAGGUCUGAACGAGACCUGAGUGAAUUAGUUUCAUUAGUGGAUGAUGAGGAGCUGGAGCUGAGAGAGUUGCGGGCAGGGCCAAAUCCUGUCACUUGUUCCGCUCAUCUAGCUACAGAGGGACUGCACAGUUGUUCUCUUUGCAAAGAUUUGCUUGCUAAGUUUCCUCCGCAUUCCGUCAAGAUGAAUCAACCAUUCUGUACGCACCCUUGGGACUCUUCACCACAGCUUGUCAAGAAACUAUUCAAGGUCUUCCAUUUCUUGUAUACUUAUGCUGCUGAUAUAGGCUUAUACCCCUUUACCCUUGAUGAGUUUGCUCAAGCAUUUUACGGAAAGGACUUCUUGUUGCUUGGAAAAGUUCAUGUGGCUCUUCUCAGGCUUCUUCUGUCAGAUAUUGAAACAGAGUUUAAUAAUGGAUUCCCUUGCCGCAUGAGCAAAGAUUGCCGGUUUCUUGUGCUUCUCCAUUCGGUAGAACACCUAGAAUUUAUGGUGCAGUUCUGGAGUAGUUCUCUGAAUGCUCUUACAUGGACAGAGAUAAUGCGCCAGGUUUUGGUUGCAGCUGGUUUUGGUUCAAAACAAGGUCCAUUACGGAGAGGAGCUCUUCUGAAGGAAGGGAGUCCUAUGGAUAAAUAUGGCUUCCGUCCUGGUACUUUGAAGGGUGAGUUGUUCAGUAUUUUGUCUGAGCAAGGAAAUAGUGGUUCGAAAGUUUCUGAGUUGGCCAAGGCUUUACAGAUUGUUGAAUUAAAUCUUGCUAGCACAACUGAUGAACUGGAACGUCUAAUAUAUUCAACACUUUCAAGUGACAUUACUUUAUUCGAGAAGAUCUCAACUUCUGCAUAUCGUCUUCGUGUUAAUCCUCUUAUCAAAAAGGAAGGAGAUUUUCAACCAAAUACUGAGGAUUCUGGAAGUGUUGAUGACGACUCAGGAGAAACCACCUCAAAUAGCAGCGCAGAUGAUUCUGAUGAAUCUGAGUUGGACUCAGCAGCAAACAAUCUAAGUUUAGUCAAGUAUAAGGGAUGUCGUAAAAGGAAAAGCAAUAUGUUGACUGUGUACACUGAAAUUGAUGAGAGCCAUUCAGGAGAAGUUUGGGUUUUGGGCUUGAUGGAUGGGGAAUAUUCAGAUCUAAGCAUUGAAGAGAAGCUUAAUGCCUUGGUGGCUUUGGUUGAUCUUACAAGUUCUGGAUCCAGUCUAAGAAUGGAGGGUCUUGUAAAAUCUGUUAGAGAAAGUAUUCCUGAUAUUUGGCAUCAUGGUUCUGGAGCAAAAAUAAAGAGAUCAUCAGCAAAGAGGCAGAACUUGAUAAUGUCGGGUCACUUUGGACCAUUGCAUGGUAUGAAGGAAACUUGUGUAUCACCAGAGUUUCUUCCAGUUGAUUCCUCUGUGCUGAUCUCAAGGGCGAUUGGAAAGGAUAAUGAUUUAUUGGGCAUGAAUGGCUUUCAGAAAAAAUUUGCAGAAGCAACAGAAGAAUUGGGCUCUGUUGUGCAUCCGUUACAAUCUGUUUAUUUAGGGUCUGAUCGUAGGUACAACAGGUAUUGGCUUUUCUUGGGCCCUUGUGAUGCUAAAGAUCCAGGCCAUAGGAGAGUUUAUUUUGAGUCAUCUGAAGAUGGUCACUGGGAGGUUAUCGAUACCAAAGAGGGUUUAUAUUCUCUGCUGUCAGUUUUGGAUGGUAGGGGCAGACGGGAAGCACAGCUCCUUGCUUCUUUGGAGAAGCGGGAAGCUUUUCUACGCCAAGCAAUGACCAAUAAAGAAGAAUCUGGUAAUGAAACUAGGCAAUCCUUAGAGUCUGAUCUUUCAGAGAUAGACAUUGUUACCCUUGAAGGUUCUUCGCCCGUCUCCUAUAUAGAUAACAAUCUUUGUGUUCCUGAGACUGCAAACCAUUCUCGAGCUUCAUCUGCUGCCUUAGUUAUGGAACUUGGGAAGAACGGAGAGGAUCAAAUAGAAAAGUGGAACCACCUUCAAGCAUUUGAUGCAUGGAUAUGGGAUUCUUUUUACUCAAAUCUUAAUGCUGUUAAACAGGGCAAAAGAUCUUAUCUCGACUCGCUCACUCGGUGUAAUAGUUGUCAUGACCUAUACUGGAGAGAUGAAAGGCAUUGUAAGAUAUGCCAUACUACAUUUGAGCUAGAUUUUGAUCUCGAAGAAAGGUAUACCAUCCAUGUUGCUACAUGUAGAGAACAAGACACUGAUAAGUUUCCGAAGCAUAGAGUUCUGUCAUCACAGUUGCAGUCACUCAAAGCUGCAAUUCAUGCAAUUGAGGCAGUUAUGCCUGAAGAAGCUUUUGUGGGUGCUUGGAAAAGGUCUGCACAAAAACUCUGGGUCAAGCGGCUCAGACGUGCCUCCUCCACGCCUGAAUUUUUGCAGGUUCUCACUGAUUUUGUUGGUGCUAUCAAUGAAGACUGGUUGAACAAAUGUUGCUUUGGGCUUGGUUCUAAUACGGCUCUGGAUGAGGUCAUUGUAUUCUUUCCAACUAUGCCACAAACAACAUCUGCUCUUGCACUCUGGUUGGUCAAAUUGGAUGCCCUGAUCGCUCCUCAUUUGGAAAAAAUGAACUCCAAAAACGCACAGGAAAACAGUGCCACCAAAGCAAGAGUUUCAGGAAGACCUGCUCCCAGAUAAUAGAUAUACACACCCAUAAGAUGAUGAGAGGAGAAGUCUUUUGCUGUAUACUCAGGUGGCAAAUAGUAAUACUAGUCUGUCCAUCUUCACUACCAAAGGUUAAAGGGGCAUGAGGCCUACAGUUGUACAAGAAGGUAAAUUUUUGAGCUGUUAAUAAUCAAGGAGCAGUCACAGGCUUCAUUUGCCUGGGCACAUGAUAUGAUUGAAUUAUUCUUUAGAUUGUACAAAAGCGUGCUUUGGCAUCAGUUCAUUUUUUACCACUGUAGGACUCAGGAGGUUCGAGUAUGAUAGGUUGUUUAACAUGGAUUUUUGGCAGAAGGUUUUGGGUACAUUAGUAAUCACCUGGUUUCUUUAUGAAUUCACAUUGUAAGAUCAAAUUUCAAAUAUUUUCUAGUGAGGGAGUGGAAGUAA